UCAGUCAACUGAAGAAAAUACUUUAUUCAAACGAAAUUCGUUCGCUCCAAGUAAAUUCAACAAAAAAAAUGUCAGCCAAUAAACGAAACUUGGCGUUGCUAUUAGAUCGACCCCUCGAGCCGGUUUUUUACGAGAAAGGCAAGAACAAUGCAUUGUUUGAGGUGCCAAAUCAGUUGUUGACCGAUCGCUAUAAGAAUAAUGCUGAUAUUCAAGUUCGGGUCCAAGAUCGAUUAGGCGAAGAAAGCACCGUACGUGUUCCAGUCCGCGCAAAUAUUGCCAUACCAAAUUUAAGUGUGCCCAUGCAGUUGGAUCGCAAAGCACCAUUCUCGUUGCUCAUUCCAUACCACCGAAAGCUGGCCACUCAUCUCAUCAGCGUCUUUAUAGGAUUAAGAAGCGUUGAUGAUUUACAAACGGUUGCCGUUUAUGCUAGAGAUCGUCUCAAUCCGCUUUUGUUUAACUACGCUUUGUCGGUUGCAUUACUUCAUCGUCCCGAUACGAAAAAUGUUGAUAUGCCAUUGUUGUUUGAGGUUUUUCCCGAUAAAUUCAUCGAUUCCAAGGUGAUUGGUCGUGCACGAGAAGAAGCUACAGUUGUAACGGAAGAUCUACGUCAACCAAUUACCAUUCCAAAAGAUUAUACUGCAUCGGAUCUUGAGCCAGAGCAUAGAUUGUGGUAUUUCCGUGAGGAUAUUGGCCUUAAUAUUCAUCAUUGGCAUUGGCAUUUGGUUUUUCCAUCUGAUGGUCCAGAUCAAAUUGUCCGAAAGGAUCGUCGUGGUGAACUUUUCUACUAUAUGCAUCAGCAGAUUCAAGCACGUUACAAUUUUGAACGAUUUAGCAACGAUUUGCCGCGUGUUCAGCGUUUGAAUAACUUCAGAGAUCCUAUACCCGAGGCCUAUUUUCCCAAAAUGGAUUCGUUGGUCUCUUCGCGUGCUUGGCCAUCCCGUUCUCCAAAUAUGAAGAUGUCAGAUUUGAAUCGUGAUUUGGAGCAAUUAAGAUUUGAUAUCGCCGAUUUGGAGCGAUGGGAUGCACGAUUCGUACAAGCAUGUCAUCAAGGUUUUGUUCAAGAUCCGCGUGGCAAUCAAAUUCAACUCGAUGAAGCCACUGGCAUCGAUAUUCUGGGCAAUUUGUUGGAAUCAUCCACACUAUCGGUGAAUCGAGAUUUCUAUGGCGAUUUGCAUAAUAUGUUGCACGUUGCCUUGGGCCUUAUUCAUGACCCAGACUCUCGUCAUCUCGAGACAUUUGCUACAAUUGGCGAUCCUGCGGUCGAUUUAAGAGAUCCCGUAUUCUAUCGAUUGCAUGCAUAUGUCGAUGAUUUGUUCCAAGAGCACAAACAGCGAUUAACACCGUAUACGACCCAACAAUUGAACUUCCAAGGCAUUCAACUAAAUAGUGUGCAGGUACAACCAAAUCGUGGCGCAGCUAAUACAUUCCAAACAUUCUGGCAACAAACUGACAUCGAUUUGUCGCGCGGCCUUGAUUUCGUUCCACGCGGCAAUGUAUUUGCACGUUUCACGCAUUUGCAAAACGCUGAUUUCACAUACAAUAUCAACAUUAACAAUUCAACUGGAGCGCCGGCGAUGGGAACCGUUCGAAUCUUCCUUGCACCACAGAACGAUGAAAGAGGCACACGAAUGUUUUUGAGAGAUCAACGUCUUUUGAUGUGUGAACUGGAUAAAUUCACCGUUGCAUUACAACCGGGCGAUAAUGCAAUUCGAAGAACUUCAACAGAAUCAUCAGUCACCGUUGCGUUUGAACGAACUUUCCGUGAUUUGGAUACAAAUAGGCCAGCAGCUGGUACUCAGGAGGAGCAAGAUUUUAUUUUCUGUGGCUGUGGAUGGCCUCAGCACAUGUUAAUUCCAAAAGGAAAGUCAGGCGUUGGAUUGCCAUGCGAUCUAUUUGUAAUGGUUUCAAACUACCAGGAUGAUCGAGUUGAUCAGGAUUUGGUGGGAAUUUGCAACGAAGCUCCUGUAUUCUGUGGACUUCGUGAUCGACUGUAUCCUGACCGUAAAGCGAUGGGAUAUCCAUUCGACAGAUUGCCGCGGCAAGGAGUCGACCAACUGAGCCAAUUCCUAACACCGAAUAUGACAAGCGUCCCGGUUAGCAUCAUCCACACUGACAGCGUACAAGCUAUUCGCAAAGGACGAUAAAAUGUUAAUAUUUAAUUAUCGCCUUUUUUACUCUAAAAUGCCUAAUGUUUGAGAUCAAAUUUUCAUUAAUAUAUUUAAUCAAAUAAAGAAGAAUUUUAUCAAGCGAA